UUAAUGGCGUUUAUUUGUGUAAGGAAAACCAAACCAGACGCUAUUUUAAAAACAAUUCCAAUUAAUCUGUUAAUUUUAUAUUUCUCAUCCUAUUUGUUCAUUUAAAAAUGUUCUUAGUGUAAAAUAAUUGUUCUUAGUUAUUUAUUUAAAUAAAUUAGCCAUCCUUCAAAAAGGAUUUAUUGUGAGAAAAAGACCCAACAAGAAACUUGAAUAUGUUAGCCAGAAGAGGCGGCAAAAGAAUCAGGAUGGAUGAUCCUCCUCCAGAUUAUGAGGACGAAAGGGAGCCUUUAAACGAGAGUGUUUCGGAUGGAGUUGAGGGUGAAAGUCCAACAAAACGUAUGACUCGUCUGAGAGCUCGAGGAGGGGUCCGAGACAAGCCACCGAUUAUUGACGAUGAUGAAGAUGAUUUCUUUGCCCCCGUGAUUAAGAAACGCAAACAAGCACUACCCGCCAAGCCUCCCAGAGAGAAACGUGAACGCGUCGAACGUGUACGAAAAGUCGAUGAAGACAAAGAACAGGAGCGUAUAGAUAAGGAGCGCGAUGUCACAACAGAUGAAUCCAGUCUCUACUAUAUUGUCCGUCAUUCCAAAGCUGCCAUUGCCAGCAUUGUCGAUGACUGGAUUGAGAGCUACAAACAGAAUCGAGACACUGCAUUGAUAGCGCUGAUGCAAUUCUUUAUCAAUGCCAGUGGGUGUAAGGGAAGAAUCGCUGAAGAUAUGCCACACCCAAUGGAACACACAGCUGUCAUUCGUAAAAUGACUGAGGAAUUCGAUGAGGAAAGUGGUGAAUAUCCACUCAUAAUGCCAGGUGCCCAAUGGAAGAAGUUUAAAAUGAAUUUCUGUGAUUUUGUGCAAACAUUGGUAAAACAAUGCCAAUACUCGAUUAUCUACGAUCAGUUUCUGAUGGACAAUGUUAUUUCGUUGCUCACCGGACUCUCGGAUUCACAAGUACGAGCUUUUCGUCAUACAGCAACGUUAGCAGCCAUGAAGUUGAUGACCGCUUUGGUUGACGUGGCUCUCUUAGUAUCGUCUAACUUUGAAAACGCCGCAAAACAAUAUGAAGCUGAAAGAGUAAAAACUCGCGAUCGCAGAGCCACAGAUCGUCUCGAAUCGCUGAUGACUAAACGCGCUGAACUCGAGGAGAAUAUGGAUGAAAUAAAAAAUAUGCUAACUUAUAUGUUUAAAUCGGUCUUUGUCCAUCGAUACAGAGAUACUCUGCCAGAUAUCAGAGCCAUUUGUAUGUCAGAAAUCGGUGUCUGGAUGGACAACUAUUCACAGAAUUUCUUAGAUGAUUCGUAUCUGAAGUACAUCGGUUGGACUUUGCACGACAAAGUUGGUGAAGUGCGUCUGAGGUGUCUACAAGCCUUGUUGCCACUUUACGAGAGAGAUGCCCUCAAGGGAAAACUUGAACUAUUCACAUCCAAAUUUAAGGAUCGAAUUGUUGCCAUGACAUUGGACAAGGAAUUCGAUGUGGCCGUUCAUGCUGUCAAACUUGUUAUAAGCAUUUUAAAAAUUCACCCUGACAUCUUGGCAGACAAAGACUGUGAAAUUGUCUAUGAACUGGUGUAUUCUUCACAUCGUGGUGUUGCCCAGGCUGCAGCUGAGUUCUUGAAUGUACGUCUGUUCCAUUUGACACCCGACAUGGAGGAAGUAAAGACCAAACGUGGCAAAUUACGUUUGCCAAAUACUCCCCUGGUCCGCGAUUUGGUUCAGUUCUUUAUUGAAUCGGAAUUGCAUGAACAUGGAGCGUAUUUGGUUGAUUCCUUCAUUGAUAACAAUGCCAUGGUAAGAGACUGGGAGUGUAUGACCGAUUUACUGCUGGAAGAACCAGGACCAAAUGAGGAGCAAUUGGACAACAAACAAGAAUCGACUCUGAUCGAAAUUAUGGUCAGUAGUGUAAAGCAAUCGGCCACGGGGGAGGCACCAGUUGGUCGAGCAAGCAACAGAAAAAUCACUUUGAACGUCAAGGAAGUUAAGGCGAUUCAAGACGAGAAAAUCAAACUCACCGAACACUUCAUUCUCACACUGCCUCCGAUGUUGGAGAAGUAUCAGGCUGAUAGUGAAAAGUUGACGAAUCUUUUAUCGAUUCCUCAGUACUUUGAAUUGGAUAUCUACACAACUUCCAGACAGGAAUCGAAUCUACAGGCGCUGUUGGAUAAGAUGGGACAGAUAAUGUCCAAGCACACUGAUCGAGAUGUUCUCGAGACUUGUGCUAAAACUCUGGAAUAUCUUUGCUCCGAGGGAAGUGCCACCUACACUCGAUGUGAUGUAGCUCGAUCGAAUAUCAUCGAUAAUUGUGUCAACAAGUACAAGGAUGCCAUCGAUGAAUGGCGUAAUCUUAUUGCAGGCGAAGAACUUCCAAAUGAGGACGAAAUUUACACAAUUAUCAUAUCUCUGAAAGUGGUUUCGAUAUUGUUCUCCUGUCACAAUCUGAAUCCAUGGAACCUUUUUGAUUCUCUGUAUCAAGACAUUGAGGAGAGUCAAUCAAAGGAGAAUCCUGGACGUGGACUGCCAAAUGAAGCUCUGGCUUAUUGCAUUGAAGCUUGCUAUUUCUCCCUCACCUGGGGUUUGUAUUAUUUGGAGAAUCAAUGCGAGAGCUCAAGUGUCCAGAGUGGAUGUGCGGAGUUGAAGACAAAUUUACACAAAUAUAUGAACGCCUGCUGUGAAUUGACUCGUGAUGGCCCAACUCAACAGAUUCAGGAAUCGGCUUAUCAGUCAGUUUGUGAUCUUCUGAUAAUCUUCUCGGAUCAAUUGUCCACGAAUGAAAAUGAACACAUCCGAAUUUUGGAAUACAAAUCUGCUUUAGACGAGCAGUUGAUUUUAAACAACUUUGUCCAGCAUUAUGUCUUCUCCCUAAAACCUGAAGAAUGUCACGAUGAAACUCGCAUCGAGGAGCUACAUAAGAAGAGGAACUUCCUAGCAUCUUACUGUAAACUUAUCGUUUACAAUAUCAUACCAACAAAGAGUGCAGCUGGACUGUUCAAACAUUAUGUCAGAUGCUACAAUGAAUAUGGAGACAUAAUCAAAGCCACCUUAGGCAAAGCAAGAGAAAUCAACAAGGUUAACUUCUCGUUAACGCUUUUGUUGAGUUUAAUCGCUGUCUUUAAGGAGCUUCAAACGCAAUCGGAAAGUGGAAUUAUCUCCAAAUCGUCUCAUGAUUUUAGCGAGUUAAAAGAAUUGGCCAAGAGAUUUGCUCUCACAUUUGGUUUUGAUGCUAUAAAGAAUCGUGAGCCAAUAAUAGCAUUACAUCGAGCUGGAAUUCUCUUUGCAGUUCAUGAUAUUCCCGAAGAUCCAUCAGCUGCUCCAACUCGACUUUUGUUUUUGGAAAUAUUGAAUGAAUUCAAUAACAAACUUUUGAAGCAAGAUAAGAAGGUUAUUUUGAAUUUCCUCGAUCGCCGGAUAUCACCGGGGAUGCCUUCGAGCAAAGCCGAAGAAUGGCAACCCCUGGUUUUAUAUAGAAAUUCGUUGCUUCAUGGUGAAACUGACCAACCACCGCCAGUGGCUACUAAAAAGGCCUAUCAUAGAAAACGACGAGAUCAUGAUGACGACGACGAUGAUGAUUAUGAUGACGAUCUAAAUGACCCAGACUUUAGGGGAUAAAUGGAGUUUUUUUUUAUGUAUAAUCUUAAUAAAUUGAGAAUUUUUUUUUAAUUAUAAUUUAGUUAAAAUUGAAGUUAAAAUACUAAAAUUGAGGAUUAAGAUCAUAAAAGAAUUCUAUUAAAAAUAAAGAAUCAUAUGUUUUUAAUGUCAA